AUGCGAGACAUGGAAAUGGGCGACGUGAAAACCUCAGACGGGGCUGCUACCGCUUCUACCGCUUCCCUGACCCCCAAAGACUCUACCCCAGCCGCAACGGAACUACCAGCCAGCGUAAGUAGCGAGCCGCAGUACCCCGAAGGCCUCAAACUCAUCACUAUCAUACUGGCGCUGUGUUUUGCUGUAUUUUUGGUGGCAUUGGAUCAGACGAUUAUUUCUACUGCUAUUCCGAAGAUGACAGAUCAUUUUCAGAGUACGGGGGACAUUGGUUGGUAUGGGUCGAGCUACUUACUUACGAAAGCUGCGUUGCAGCCUACUUUUGGAAGGAUAUACUCUAUCUUCAGUAUCAAAUAUACGUUCCUGGCUGCCAUUGCCAUCUUCGAGCUUGGCUCCCUAAUCUGCACUACGGCAACCAGCAGCAAUACCCUGAUCGUUGGCCGAGCCAUCGCUGGAGCGGGCGUUGGAGGUCUGUUUACGGGUUCAAUCAUCAUUGUUGUGUAUAGCUUACCGCUGCGCAAGAGGCCGCUGGCGAUGGGUAUCAUCAGUAGCAUGUGGGGAAUAGCAUCAGUCGCCGGACCAUUACUCGGCGGCGUCUUUACCGAUAAACUUUCCUGGCGCUGGUGCUUCUACAUCAACCUACCCAUCGGAGCCUUCUCCAUCGCUGUAAUAUCUCUCAUCCUUCACAUCAACCGCCCCAAUAACCCCUCCUCCCUAACCCUCAAACAACGCAUCUUAAAACUCGACCUCCUCGGCGCCUCCCUCCUCAUUCCCGCCAUAAUCUGCCUCCUUCUCCCUCUCCAAUGGGGCGGCUCCACUUACCCCUGGAAUAGCGGCCACAUCAUUGGCCUCUUCGUCACCUCGGGGUGCCUCACCCUUCUAUUCAUCUACACCCAAAUUCGGCUCGGCGAGGCCGGGACACUCCCUCCGUACCUUUUCCAAAACCGGAAUACCGUAACUAUAAUCCAUCGACCCCCCCCAAACUACGUUUCAAUCAUGAUCCCAAUCAUCAUCGGCGAAGAGCUUCGAGUUCAGAAAGACGUCAUUUUAGAAGUUGGAUGUCCUAUAUACGUCGAUGAGAAGGCUACAUUACAGUUGAGCGGAUCAGGCUUUUUGGUAUCUAUCAAUAUUGGUUGUCGAAGAAGAGCGCAGACGGCACAUCCUACAUGA